UUGAGCUUAUUAUCAGUUCUUGCCAUCUUCGAUACAGAGCUAAGAAGGCAACAACAGCCCUUUGGGUGAGAAAACCAAUGGGGAGAGCUCCAUGCUGUGAGAAAAUGGGACUGAAGAAAGGUCCUUGGACUCCGGAGGAAGAUCAGAUUCUCAUCAAUUACAUUAAUCUCUACGGCCAUGGCAACUGGCGAGCACUCCCAAAACAAGCUGGUUUACUGAGGUGUGGAAAGAGUUGUAGGCUACGCUGGACUAACUAUUUGAGGCCAGACAUCAAAAGAGGGAAUUUCAGCAGGGAAGAAGAGGAUACCAUAAUCAACUUACAUGAAAUGCUCGGUAAUAGAUGGUCGGCUAUUGCAGCGAGAUUACCGGGACGAACAGACAACGAAAUUAAAAAUGUAUGGCACACCCACUUGAAGAAGAGGCUGAAACCGAACCAUGGCUCCAUUGAAAACAAGCGACAACCCAAAUCCAACGUUGAUUCAUCCAAGGACAUCAAAAAAGAACAACAAGAACCCAUGAAUUUUCUAAGCCCUGCUGUAAAUGCUGCAGAUAAUAGGCCUGCUUCCCCACCAGAAUCCAGCAGCGAGGUUUCCACAGUAACGACAAGCGAAAACAACAGUAACAUGUGUAUGAACAAGAUUGAAACACAAGAAUAUGUCUCUGAAAUCGAUGAGAACUUCUGGUCGGAAGUAUUGUCGGCCGACAAUUCAAGCAUAGCUAGCGACUUACAAGUUGCUGGUUCAGACCAGCAACUUCAUCCUCAAUACUUGCCAAGCUCCCCAUUACCGAAGUUGGAAACAAUCAAUGACUAUGGUUCAAAUCUAUAUGAUACUGAUACUAACAUGGAUUUCUGGUACAAUCUUUUCGCAAGAGUGGGGGAUUUAUCAGAAUUGCCAGAAAUUUGAGUAGCUCGUAAUUAACUCAUCGGCCACGUUAAUUAGUUGUAACCCUUUUAUUUUCUUUAUUUGUUUUCAAUUUUAACCUCAUGAUUAUUCAGUUGGAGAUGGAGAUAAAAGGAAAAUCAAUAAUAAUCCAAAGUUUGCUGA